CUCUAGCUCUACUUGCAGCGCUCAGGACUCGAGUCAAAAACCCAUUGAAAAAUAAACUUAAAAAUAAUCCACGCCCCACUAUUACCUUACUCUCCGACCAUGGCUUCCGCCGUGACCAUUCCGAUGAAAAACACUCAAUCCACCGUCGGUAGUGGCGCCAAAGCACAGCCCCCAAUCGCCACGCCUGCUUUCCGUACAUUCCUCUCACGGCUCACGUCCUCGAUCCGUCAAGGAUUCUCUCAGCGCCGCCCAUGGUACGAGCUCAUCGAUCGGACUGCCAUGUCCCGUCCCGAUAAUCUAACGGACGCCUAUUCCCGGAUCCGAAGAAACUUUUCUUACUUCAAAGUCAAUUACACCACUCUACUCGCAGUUGUACUCGCUUUCUCUCUCCUAUCGCAUCCCUUUUCCCUCCUCGUCCUCCUCGGCCUCCUCGCCGCUUGGCUCUUCUUAUACUUGUUCCGACCGUCGGAUCAACCUCUCUUAAUAUUCGGCCGUGCAUUCUCAGAUCGUGAGACGCUUGGCGCGUUGGUGGUUUUGACACUCUUCGUCGUGUUCCUGACCAGCAUUGGGUCGCUCUUAAUUUCCGCGGUCUUGAUUGGAGUUGCCAUAAUUUGCUUACACGGUGCGUUUAGGGUUCCGGAGGACUUGUUCUUAGACGAUCAGGAGCCUGGAAACUCCGGAUUCCUCUCCUUCCUCGGAAACGCCGCCACCUCUGCUGCUGUUGCGGCGGCUCCUGCAGUUGCCUCGCGUGUGUGAACUACAGGUUUUGCAAGCGGCACAUUCAUUUAUGGUAAAUCAAAAACGAUUUACUGUUUUCAUAAUAGAUUGGAAUAUUCAAUUGUAGCUUUGCUCUUAUUUUCAUUUUGACUUGGAUAUGAACUUGGAUUAAGAGUUAGAUCGUAC